GUUACUGAAAACUGCUACCGCUGCUGAGCUCUGACAGGUGGAAUGACCAACUAUCCUUCACACUCCAAUGGUAUGCAGAGUCUCCGGAAAGAGCACCUGUAUAAGGUGCUGGUCAUCGGAGACCUGGGUGUCGGGAAGACUUCCAUCAUCAGGCGCUACGUCCACCACACCUACUCGACUAAUUACCGGGCUACGAUCGGAGUUGACUUCGCCCUGAAAGUGUUAAACUGGGAUUCAGAGACGGUGCGGCUCCAGCUGUGGGACAUUGCAGGUCAGGAGCGUUUUGGGAACAUGACACGAGUGUACUACCGUGAAGCCAUGGGGGCCUUCAUAGUGUUCGACGUGACACGGCCAACAACCUUUGAGGCUGUCGUUAAGUGGAAAGAAGAUCUGGAUUCUAAAUUAAUGCUGGCUAAUGGAAAGAGCAUCGCCACCGUGCUGCUGGCCAACAAGUGUGACCAGGGCAGGGAGCUGACCAACAAUGGUAUUAAAAUGGACCAGUUUUGCAAGGACCACGGCUUUGUCGGUUGGUUUGAGACUUCUGCCAAGGACAAUCUCAACAUCAGUGAAGCUGCAAACUUCCUAGUCAAGCACAUCAUGGCCACAGAAAACGACAUCCUGAAAACUGUGGUACCCGACACCAUCUCACCGCAACUCGACUCAAACAGGCAGAUGAGCUGCUCUGGCUGCUUGAAAUAACGAAAGGACAGAUCAGUGUGAGAACUGAAAAAGAAUGGAUGCACAGCAGGACUAAGAGGCAAAGCCAUCUGAAUCUUACAAGGAAAGGGGAGCAGUGGUGGUGUGUACUAUGAAACGAUUGGAACAGUUUAGGCUCUUUGGUCCAAACUAGAGUUGAACAUUUUAGUUUGUUGCGCUUUUGAGGAGCAAACCAAAGCUUGCAGACUGAAGUCACUUGAAGUUGCUCAUUUAUUUAACACUUUUUGUUGUAACGUGCCAUGCUGCGAGUGUGAAGUUUUUGCCGGAAUAAUGAAAUAACACUGCUGUCUGUGCUUUUCGUCACGAUGUGGUGUGUUGAGCCAGAGACCAUAGACAAAUCUCUGGUCAUCUCUGCCUAUUUUUUUUAACCUAAUUAAAUUUUUAU